AUGGCGUCCGGAGCUGCAAGACGCAGUCUAAGCGACAACGAAAAACCCCACGGUUCGGAGGCUUCCUCUUCUACCCACAACGAUGUCGUCCUGGAUCCAGCAACCGAAAAGGCGCUUGAACAGGAGAAGCCGGAGCUGGCUGGAAAUCGUGAAUCGGGUGCAACCCUACAACAUCAUGAGGAAGGACCGUACGACAAGAUUGAGUUGACGGAAAACGACUGCUACGAUGAAUUGGGUUAUUCAUUUCCGUCAUGGCGAAAGUGGAUGAUUAUCACCGUCAUCUUCCUUGUUCAGACUUCGAUGAACUUCAACACCAGUCUGUACUCGAAUGCUUUGGGCGGCAUCUCAGAGGAGUUCGGCGUCAGCAUGCAGGCCGCUCGCUGCGGUGCUAUGAUUUUCCUGGUUCUGUAUGCGUUUGGCUGUGAGCUGUGGGCUCCAUGGAGCGAGGAACUCGGCCGGAAACCGAUUCUACAAUUGAGUUUGUUCUUGGUCAACGUGUGGCAGCUGCCAGUGGCGCUCGCUCCCAAUUUUGCGACGAUUAUGGUGGGACGUGCCCUGGGAGGUCUGAGUUCAGCUGGUGGCUCGGUCACAUUGGGCAUGAUCGCUGAUCUCUGGGAGGCUGAUGACCAACAAUAUGCUGUCGCCUGCGUUGUGUUCUCAUCAGUCGGUGGCUCUGUGAUUGGUCCCGUCGUCGGUGGGUUCGUCGAGGCGUACUUGCCCUGGCGCUGGAACAUCUGGAUCCAGCUUAUUUUUGGUGGAUUCGUCCAGGUGGCACAUCUCCUUCUCGUGCCCGAGACUCGCACGACGAUCAUGAUGGACCGCAUUGCCAAGAAGAGAAGAAAGAGCGGCGAAAACCCGAAUAUCUACGGGCCCAACGAACUCGUUCCAUUCAAGGAGCGCUUCUCGAUGCGCGAGGUUCUCGUCACCUGGGUUCGUCCUUUCAAGAUGUUCCUGACUGAGCCGAUUGUCCUCACCCUUUCUCUCCUGAGUGGCUUCAGUGACGCUUUGAUCUUCAUGUUCAUUCAGUCGUUCAGUCUUGUGUACACGCAAUGGGGUUUCAGCACUGUAGCCCUGGGCUUGUCCUUCCUUCCAAUUCUUGUUGGAUAUUUUAUUGCGUGGGCCUCGUUUGUGCCAGUCAUCAGAAGAAACAUCCAAGAGCGUCGAAACAAGCCUGACGAUGAGCGUGCUCAGUACGAAUCUCGACUUUGGUGGCUGCUAUACACCGCUCCUUGCCUUCCAAUUGGAUUGAUUGGCUUCGCAUGGACCAGUCUUGGCCCCCCAGUGCACUGGAUGGGAACCAUGGUUUUCUCCGCUAUCGUUGGUAUCGCCAACUACAGUAUCUAUAUGGCUACCAUCGACUACAUGAUCUGCGCCUACGGACCUUACUCAGCUUCUGCCACCGGAGGUAACGGAUGGGCGCGUGACUUCUUGGCUGGUGUUCUUACUAUCCCCGCUACACCUUUCUUCCAGAAUAUUGGUGGUAAAUACCAUCUUGAAUACGCAUCCACGAUCUUGUUCUGCAUCUCGUUCUUGCUUGUUAUUGCAGUGUACGUCAUUUACUGGUAUGGACCUGCUCUGCGCAAGCGUUCUCCGUUCGCCCAGCAGCUGUCCGAUGCACGAGUCGAGCUUCAAACCCAUGGCCGGAGACUUUCUCGGAUCCCGUCUGGGUCGCGUGCGAACUCUUUUGCUCGAUCCCAACAGAACUUGCGCAUUCGCCAGACUUUUGGCAGCCGUGCUGGUAGCUAUGUGGCAUCUCGACCGGCCUCUGGGGCCAAUUCUCGAGUGCAGUCGCGCAAGAACAGCAUCUCGCGAUGA